AUGAUCAUCGGUUCCGGUAACGAAAACACCGCAUUAUCCAUCAAGAUGCGUGUUCUUGGCAGUAAGCUGGCAAUUGGAUUUCGUUUAUGGGACAUUGUUGAGGCUGAGAAAGCUCUGCGCGAAAAGAGCCAAAUUAAGCAACUUGAACCAGCCUCAUCGAACUCGGGAGAUCCGGGAAAAGACGCUUUUACCAAGGUAGUAGCAUUAAUUUUGAUUAUCUGGUACAUAGUUGUGCUGCUACUAGCGUAUUCCGGCUGGUUGGAGAUAGUUCGGAAAUUUUCUCGAGCCAAACCAAAAUUAACUGGUACCGCUGCAUGCGAACCCGUUUCCAUCAUAAGACCCUGCAAGGGCAUCGAGACGGAGAUGGAAUCGUGUCUGGAAAGUUGCAUUACCCAGGAUUAUCCUGCGGAUAAGUUUGAGGUUUUAUUCUGUGUCGAAAGCGCGAUGGAUCCAUGCAUUGUGCUGAUCGAAAAUCUCAUAAAGAGAUAUGACAAGUUCAAUUUAAAGCUUCUUGUGGGCGUGGAACCCGAUGUGGAUUACUACGGACCCAAUCCAAAAAUCAACAAUUUGUCGAAGGGUUUCAGGUUUGCGAGUAACGACAUUAUAUGGGUUUUGGACUCUAAUGUAUGGUGUCCGCCAGGCACGCUGGGCCGGAGUGUCGACAGUCUGCUCAAUAACGUCGAUAACGGGGAUAAAAUAUCUGGGAAACCUGUUGUCUUGACCCACCAUGUUCCCUUGGCGGUAAGCAUCGAUGAAGCAGUCGAUUCGAUGCCCUUAAGUGCGCGCCUUGAUGAGACCUUCUUGUUCACUUCGCAUGCCAAAUUUUACGUGGGAUUCAACAAAGUCAGCAUCGCACCGUGUGUGAAUGGCAAGAGCAAUUUGUACCGGCGUUCCGCUCUGAACGAGGCUGUCGAGCUCAUCGGUAAAGCCGAAAAACCGACGGACUUGUUUAAAGAUCCAAAGAUUCAGAAAAGAGCCCGAGACGUCGCUCUCAAGAACCACGGGAAAGUUCAUGAGAACCAGUGUGCAUUUUCAUGCAUCGAGUGCGAAAACGGAUUUCUCAAGAAAAAGGUCGUCGCAGGCAGUGAACAGGCGCACCAUCACGGCAUCGAGUUUUUCAGCACAUAUAUUGGCGAGGACAACAUGAUCGGCACUGCGCUCUGGGACAUGCUCGGCGGCAGGACAGGCAUGAGUCUGGACGCUGUUGUCCAGCCACUUCGCUUCGGACUGCGUGACAACGGUGUCAAGAACUACGUGGAUCGCCGAGUCCGCUGGCUACGAGUCCGGAAAUACAUGGUCCUGGCUGCCACUCUACUCGAGCCAACUACGGAGUCCCUCGUUGCAGGUCUAAUGGGUGCGUUUGGCAUGAAUCGCUUGUUCGGAGUUUCUUUCUCGCUUUUCAUGCUGACGCAUUUCGUUGUAUGGUGCACGACAGAUUGGAUCCAGUAUUGCAUUUUAUCCCGCACAAUCUUCUGCGACACCAGUUUGACGCAACCUCCUCAAUUCCUCGAAAUACUGCACGAGAGACGCUCGUUUCCAGAGUGGCUUCUGGUGUGGUUACUGCGCGAAACGCUAGCCCUUCCAAUCUGGGUUAAAGCCAUGUGCGGUUCCGUCAUACAAUGGCGCAAUAAGCCCUUCAAAAUUAAGAGCGACCUUACCGCAGAGGAGAUGUUGUCGUUCACUCCCACAUUCCAAACGUCGUCCAUUGUCUGA